AUGCCCCCGAGUUGCGAAGAUCGCCGGCUCGAUCCCUUCCUGCUGCAGUAUCUGCUUCUGAACGGAGACGUCACGGCUUGCUGUGGCCAGGAAGCGGCAGCACCUACGAGCAAGGGAAAAGAGGACGAGGACGAGGACGAGGACGAGGACGAGGACGAGGACGAGGACGAGGACGAGGACGAGGACGAGGACGAGGACGAGGACGAGGGUGAAGGGAAGAAGAACGCCAACUAA